AUGUUCAACAGGCUCAAGGAUCGCGCCAAGAUUUCGGACCAAGAUCCGAGUUUUACGGUCCGUUAUAUAGGAUCCGCUGAAACGUUCACGGCGACCGGAAAGGGAUGCACCACGCCGCUUGUUCAGCGACUGUGGGAUAACGCUGAGGAAGAGCAGUUCCUGCCGCGCAUGCGCGUGAAAAUUACUCCAUCUGGUGUCUCUAUGAAAAGCUUAGACAAGAAAAAGGUUCCUGAAAAGAUGUUCCCAAUCGAGAAUAUAUCCUUCUGUAAUGUAGAUUUGGAAGUGAACGAUCGCAUAUUUUCGUGGAUAUCGCGUCCAGCAGACGACAAAAUGUGGGAGUGUCACGCGGUCUACUGCUCCAGCACGGAAAAGGCGCGGUCAAUGUCGCUCGUGCUCACUCGGGCGUUCCACAUCGCCUACAAGGAGUGGAAAUCCAGCCAAACGAAAGAAGUAAGGGAAAUGGAGAAGCAUCACCGCUCAAAAUCGCUUCCCGCGAUAUCGUUGGAGAAGAAAAUGCGAACGACGCGCGAUCCUGUUACCAAACAACAAAGCCUUGACCUUCGCAACUCGCAGGUUCAAACUGAGACAUCAGUCAUGGAAAAUAUCCAUGUGUUAGCAAAUGGACUAAGUCUAGCAGAGACGGCUUUUAAAUCGCAAACUUCCGUAAAAUCCAACCUUUCUUCGAAGGCAGCGAUUUCGGAUGCGACCAGUGAUUAUACGGACAUGGAUUCAGAUAUAAAGCCCGGAACGUCAUCGGAAGUUGAGCUCACGGGUGAGGCUUCCGGUGAUCAAAUAGAAGACUGCGACUUAAGACUUUAA